AUGCUUCUCCUCGACUACCAGAAUGUGCUGAUCCAAUCAGUCCUGACGGAGCGGUUCUCUGGGGCCGCCCCCGUCAAUAUCGAUCAAACUGUAUCCGACUUCGACGGCGUCAUCUUCCACAUCUCGACUCCCGACGCCAAGACCAAGAUCCAGGUGUCGAUCCAGAUAAAAUGCUGGCGAGACCUCGUCAAGUACGGUGCCGAGCAGGUCCUCAACCGCGAGUAUGGCGAAUACGUUGUCCCUCCUGAGCCUGGCUACGACUUCUCCGUCACCGUCGACCUUGAGAACAUACCGGCUGAAAAGGAGGCGAGAGACGAGCUUGUGAAGAAGAUAUCCCUGCUGAAGCGCAACGCCAUGGCUGCGCCGUUCGAGCACGCCUACGAAGAGCAUUACAAGCUGAAGGAGGAAGCAUCCAAGUUCACGUCCGAGGAGGCCCCGCAAGGUGUUCGGGAGGGCGGAGAGGUCAUGUCGAUCCACUAUCGCGAGGAGGAAGCCAUCUACGUAAAGGCGAGCCACGACAGAGUCACCGUCAUCUUCAGCACCAUCUUCAGGGAGGAAACAGAUCGCGUGUUUGGGAAGGUGUUCAUCCAGGAGUUUGUGGAUGCCAGACGGCGGGCUAUCCAGAACGCGCCACAGGUGCUGUUCCGUACGGACCCGCCCCUGGAGCUGCAAGGCGUGCCGGGGGUGCAGAACUCCAGCACUGGUGAGAUAGGCUAUGUGACAUUUGUCUUGUUUCCUCGACACCUGACACCGCAGCGCAUGCCGGAGGUCAUCUCGCACAUCCAAACGUUCCGUGACUACUUCCACUAUCACAUCAAAGCCUCCAAGGCAUAUAUUCACUCGAGGAUGCGACGGCGCACGGCGGACUUCCUCCAAGGCAAGAACACCUCCACCGUGGCCCUGAGCAUGCUCCGAAGAGCGAGGCCCGACAGCGAGGAAAAGGAGCGCAAGACGGCCAGUGGACGGACUUUCAAAGUCCAAGGCGCUUGA